AUGUUAGAGCGUCUCGAUGCUCAAGCCAACAAUGCAGAAAGAGCUUCGGAACAAUUGACCAAGACACUGGAAUCUGUCCAACACCUUCUCAGGCCGGACAGUCUCACUCAGUACCGUUUCAACAAACCUGCCAGGUUUGCGCAGACCAAACCUCGUCAAGGCCAAUCCACUUCGACCCCAUCGAAGCACCAGCUCGGUCCGUUCGCAAAGAUGGUCUUGGACAAGACGAUUCCUUCUCACUAUGCCACCACAAAAGCCAACCUUCCUGCAUCGGCCCCAAGUCUGAGCGCUAAACCGCCAAAGCCGCCUACCCAUGCUGUAACGCCAGCAUCGAGCGCUACUGCCCCUCUGCAGCAACCCCAGCAUGGCUACCAGUCAGCAUCUUCGACGCCGUUCAUACCCGCGACACAGUCCACAUCAUCUGCUUCCAAAUCCUAUCCACAAGUCCGACUAACUUCGGCAAGCAUUGCUCAACAAGAAAAGGCAAAUUCUGCAGUUGCUAGACUCCAAACUCUGAUCGCUGAAAUAUUUGAGGCCGAAGAUCAAAUGCAGGCCGAUACAUCUGGCAUGGUAUCUUCAAAUGCUGCUCGCUUCUUCAACACUGAUGAUGCAGUUGAAGGUGCGCCAGUGCUGCAAGCUGCUGUUCAAACACAGCUUGAUACCGCUUUGUACAAGGUGGUCGCGAACGGUCGUCUUUCCAGCAUCGAUAUCGACGACCUAGCCCGCAUUCAGCGUCUUUGUGACCACGCUGUGACUGCUGCAGGUACUACCAAUUAUCGCAUUGACGACGACACCCCACAGGAGGCUGAUGACUGGCUUCACCGCAUUGGCAUUGGAGAACAAGGUCUAACUGCUUGCAAGACAUUGCUACGAAUCAUGACGGCUGGCCGGGAGGAGAAACAACUGUACUCCGAGGAAACGCUCACUACCCUUUUGAACAGUCUGAUCCAUUUGGUUGAGAUUUGCAUCAUCCCUGUGGUGGAGAUGAGAAGCAAUGGAGAUAUGGGCGAUGCAUUUAAGUUCGCCUCUUCGCAAAGCAAGCCCCUCACUCAGGUUCUGACGGUCUGCAUUCGCGUCAUCAAACUCUUGGGCGAUCUGAUAGCCAAGACUGAUGUCGAUGAGCGUGUCAUUGUUUCUGCCGAGUUCAUCUGCAAGACUUUGGUAUUCGUUGAGAAUGCGACGUCUGAGAAGGAUUCUGCUCUAGGUAUCCAGAGAUUCGAAACCGCUCGUAGGGCUGCCAUGGAUGUACUUGCAAAAAUCUUCGCUCGCUACCCAGAGCAGAGACAAUCAAUCUUCGAUGAGAUUUUGACCUCGCUUGAGAAGCUCCCUGUUGGUCGACAAAGCGCCCGCCAAUUCAAGAUGGUUGAUGCAAAGCCAAUACAAUUGGUGUCCGCUCUACUCAUGCGUCUGGUUCAGACUAGCGCGACACGUAUGGAGGUUAAGACGAAAUCUAUUCCUGAUGAAGAUGAUGCCGAGAAAGACGAGGAUGAUUCAGAGUCUUCCGAAGAAGAUGCGGAUGCAGACUCGGACUUUGAAGGCGAUCAAGAAAAGAAGCAACGCCUCAAGAAAAAGCCCAAGCCCAAGAAGCGCUCAAGCGACGGACCGGAAGAUCUAGCAUCGGUUGCCAAUCCCCUGUAUGAAGCUGCAUACAGAGAUGCUCACUAUGUGGUCAAUUACAUGGUUCAGCGUGCCUUGACUUCGACGAAGUCAGGCGAUCAACCGUACAGAAAUCUUCUGGACAUCUUCACUGAAGAUUUUCUGAAUGUUCUGGGCAACACAGACUGGCCGGCAGCCGAGAUGUUCCUUCGCGUGCUUCUAGCCAAGAUGUUCGAACUGUCAGAAAAUCACAAAGGCUCGGCUCCCUCAAAAGCGAUGGCUCUUGAGUUGAUGGGCGGCAUGGCCACUCGAAUCACUGAACUACGUUUACAAGCCCAGUCAGCAGCGCGCAAUCCGAACACGGAUCGUUCGGAAGUCACAGCCAAGCUGUUGCAAAUACAUGAGAACAUUUCGGCUGAGCAAAUUGAAGAGGAUGAGUUGCUAUCAUUUGAUGGCCCAUAUCGGAUCAUACUCGAAUAUCUCCAGGCUAGAGGCACGGAUGACACAGAGUUAUUGACCGCUCGUGGCUAUCACUCUGUCCUGUGGGCCAAACAGAUUCUUCAGCUCAACCAGGAUACUGCGAAAUCAACGAAACUUGAAGAACGCCUAGCCUUCAUGAUCAAGGAUUCUGCAUGGCUGGAGACUGAAUACGACUUCAAGCAAGUCAGCACUGAGGAUGGAAGAUUUGCAGCCGUCCUGGUAACUAUGAACCUGCCCUUCUGUCGAGCCUUCAACAAGAUCUUUAGCAAACUUCUUGGCACCAUGGCUGGCGAUCAAGCCUCAUUGAGAAGCAAGAGUUUGAAGAGUAUUGAGCAACUCCUCGAAAUGGACCCCACCAUCCUUGACCAGGGAACGUUCUUCAUCAACAGUAUUAUCAGAUGUCUUGCCGACAACUCGACUCAAGUUCGUGACUCUGCUCUUGGUCUUAUCGCCAAGUGUCUUUCUUUGCGUCCAAAGCUGGAUACGAUGCUCUACGAGCGCGUCAUCAUGCGAGCUCAGGAUGCCAAUUUGCACGUUAGAAAACGUGCGAUGAAAAUGUUGAAAGACAUGUACUUGCGCAAUGACGCCCUCAACAUGAAAGCAUUGAUUGCAGACACUCUGAUCAACCGUGUUACUGAUGCUGAUGAAAGCAUCGUGGAGCUCGCUCGUCACACUUUCGAGGAUAUCUGGAUGACACCUUUCCACAGCAUCUCUGAUUCGGACACUAAUUCGAUCAAGCAGAAGCUCCGUCUGCGAGAGCAAACCAGUCUGGUGAUCAACAUCGUCAAACGCAAGACUGACACUACAGAAGCUGUUUUGCCAGAACUUCUGCAGCAGAUCUUGUCGGAGAAGUCCAAGGCAGCAAAAGCUAAUGUUGUCGUGUGUAAAGAGAUGGUUAAGCUUAUGUUUGACGCUAUCAUCGAUCCAAACGAGCUUCCUGAGAGUCCAGCACAGCAGCACGUGCUGCAGACACUCACCAUCUUCUCUGCAGCUAACGCGAAGUUGUUCUCAGCUGACCAGCUCCAAACUCUUCAACCUUACGUCAAAAAUCUCAGCACUGAUGAUAACCUGCUGGUUUACCGCUCAGCAAUUGUCAUUCUGCGUCACACCCUGCCUCACAUGAAGAACCUCAAUCGAGACUUUCUCGUCAACAUACAGCAAGCUCUACUUGGUAGCUUCACCAGGCUUCCACCAGCUGAGCUCAAGGAAGUUGCGACAUGCCUCUGGACUCUUGAUGGUGAAUUGCAUAACACCGAGCGACUUGUCAAAGUAACACUGUCACUCUAUGACCAGAUCAAGAAAGGCUUGCCUGUUGAUAUGAACAGCAACCAAGCCGUAGCACAGAAGACGAGGAGACUCAUCACCAUCGCCGGUCAUUUUGGUAAGGCCUUCAAUCUUGAUUCCUACCUCGGCUCGUUCAAGGAGAAGUUUUCGGACUUCAAGGGUGAGCAUGUGGCAUUCUUAGCUGUGGAUCUGAUUUGUCCUUUCACAAAACCCAGUCAGCCCAUGGUCCUUCGCCAAGCUGCACUUGACAGUGUAUGCAUGCUGUGUCAGGCAUGGCCUAGUCAAUUGAUGCGUGCCGACGUUUGUAAUGCAUUCAAGUUGGCCCUUGAGUCUGACGAUCAACAACUUCCAAUGACUUUAAUUGUCGGUCUGAAAGACUUCUAUUGUGCUGGCGACAAGCCUGGUGAGUCAAACUUGGUCCAGGUUGGUACUGGUGUUGAGGCUGGUACCGAGAGACUUGGAAACACCUACAUGGCUACAGAUCGCGAUGGCGCGGCCACUUCCAUUGCGCAACAGUUCUUGGGUAGAAUCCGUGAUGUUGCUCUUACUUCAGCUGAUGCUCUCGCAUUCAACGCAGUUCAAGUGGUUGCUAGUAUCGGCCGCCAAGGACUCGUUCAUCCCAAGGAGACAGGGCCAUGCUUCAUCGCUCUCGAAACAUGUCCGGACACUAAAAUUGCCACCUUCGCCUUCCAGGAGCAUAUGGGUCUUUACAGCAAGCACGAAGCAAUGUUUGAAAAGGAGCACAUUGGCGCUGUACAUCAAGCCUUCACGUAUCAGCAAAAUGUGGCCAAGAGCAACGAAGGAUACGCAGGCUCUCCACCAACCUCGAAAAUGCACCAUUUCUGGGAAGUACUCAAGACUGGAAAAGCCAAGAUUCGCAUGAAGUUCUUGUCAACAAUCUGUGGCAAAGCAGGUGUGGGCUUUGACGUUUCGAAGGUAGACAUGUCGGAUCCACUUCCUUCGCAUGUCGCUUUCACUCGAUUUGUCUGCGAGAAUCUUGCAUUCUUUGACUACGCAAAGUUCGACGAGCUCCAACACCUGAUCGAUUGCAUCGAGAAGGUCAUGGCCAAUACCGGCACUCCCGUCGCUCACAUGGUCGAUGUUGACAUUCUUCGAAUGCUCAUUGAAAGGGAUGUCCCUAUGACUGAUGGUGAGAGCGGGAUCACCAAUGGCGCAAUUUCGUCUCAAAACAAGCCAGUCGAUCCAGCUCGCUCACGUGAGCUGACAGUCUACGUUCAAAUCCUUCUGCUGCUUUGGGAAACUCGCACAUACCUUCGACGACUGUGGAAUGUUAGCAAACACCAAGCAGCUACGAAGGGCAAGGCGAACAAAGAGAAUGUCCGUGCAUUACAACGCAUUCCCAACUCAACUAAUCUGACCGAGAAGUAUCUCGCACGCAACCAAGAGAUUAUGAGAGCCCUCGAGUCGCCUGAGAGUCAACUCAGCCUUUGCACUUCGUUCUCGGAGGUCAUGGCAGUCGACAGUGAACUCAAGGUUGACAAGGAAGACGCAGAUGGUGACAUGGAUACUUCAAUGACGCUUAAUGGGGAUGGCUAUGAGACGCCCAGUGAGAGAGGCGAAAGUGCGACACCCGGCAGUGGACAGAAGCGUGGCCGUAAGAGGAAGAGCAUCGAUUCCUCCCAGAACACUCCGAGAAAGAAGGGACGACCAAGAAAGAGUCCGAGUGUGCAAGGUCGCUCUGUCUCUUUUGCUUGA